GUUUCUAGUGCAUCUGGGUGGAUGUACCCAUCUGUAGUACAAAGCCAGUGAAACUGACAGUGCAAUACAUCGCAGGGGGAAAUGCAACACGCACGCACGUUCUCCGGGGCUGCAUCUCUCAACAAGGAAUGAAUUCUCCCUUUCUGUCUCUCUCACUGACACUGUACUAUAGUCUGUAGCGGACCUGUGUUCACGGGAAAAAAAAAAAAAAUCAGGAUGAUAGAAGGAAUUUUCAAUUGCAAGCAAAACCAAAUCUCCUCCGCACUUCUCUGUGUUGCGAAUUCAGCAGCCGAUGCACAGGUCCAAUAGGCUUGGGCAAUGAGCUGCUCCAUUCAUCCCUCCCUCCGUCCCUCUCUGUUAGAAACCCUGGAGGAGCUGAGCACAGAGGGAUUUAAUGAGGGCAGGAAAGCUGGGAGUUCCAGUAAGUUUCAGGACUGGCAGGGCUCACGUUACACGAUGGCUGUAAAUUAGGGGUCGCUCGGGAAGGACGGAAGAAGAAACAACUGUUUAUUUUGUUGAAAAUCGGCUGCAAAGGAUCCUCAGUCUCCCCCCUCUCCCCUUCUCUGCACAGAGAGCUCUGCUGAAGGGUGAUUCUGAGCAGCAUGUGGUGACGAAGAGGAAUGAACAGUGUGUGUGUGAGUGCUGUAAUCUGAACUACUGUGCCUGGGAGAGGAGAGAACAAUCUGAGAUCACAAUGUAAGUCUCAGGACAGGACUCUCUGCACUGAGCAGCACGCAAGCAUCACAGCUGCUUCACGGGAUUCGUCUGUUUGCUUUCUUUACGUCCACACACUGCAGUGUAUUUAAUAUUUUCACAAUCAGCCUGCUAUGCUCUUUGGGGACUGAGGUGUACACAAUGCCCGCCAAAGGGAAAUACUUUUUAAAUGACCAGGAACCAGACCGAGGCUCUCUGUACAGGCAGUACUGCUGCAUUAGCAAGCACCAGCUGCUGGUCCUCUUGCUGGGCAUUGCUGUGGUCUCCUGCCUGGGGCUCCUCAUCGUAUUCUUUGCUAAUGGGCUGGUCGCAGCGGAUCACGUGCUCUUCCUCAGCACGGUGUGCAGCGCACUGGCCUUGUUCCUGUUGGUCUUCAUCCUGGUAUGCAUGGAGUCUCUGUUCCAGAGGUGGAUGCGCUUCCUGGGGGUGGCAGUGUGGAUCUGCCUCCUCGCAGUGGGCUACGUGUUCAUCUUCGACGGGAAGGUGAUCCGCGCAUGGGAUCAGGUGCCGUUCUUUCUGUUCAUAAUCUUCACACUAUACACAAUGCUGCCGUUCGGGAUGUGGGAGGCCGUGGUCCUCGCUGUCCUCUCCUCCGUCUCUCACCUCGUCAUUGUUGGCAUCGCUGUCAGAGUGUUUGACGAGUCCCAGCGGUCAAGCCUCGUGUUCCAGAUAUUGCCAAAUGUAAUCAUUUUCCUGUGUGGCAAUGUGGUGGGAGCAUUCCACAAGAAAAUGAUGGAGAGUGCCUUGGAGCAGACCUUCCUGGACACCCUGAGCUGCUUGGAGAUCCGCAUGAAGCUGGAGAUCGAGAAGAGGCAGCAGGUAGGGAGGGAGAGGGAGAUCCUCAUGAAGCUGGAGAUCGAGAAGAGGCAGCAGGAGACAUUGCUGCUGUCGGUACUGCCAGCCUAUAUCUCCAUGGAAAUGAAGCUGGCUAUAAUAGAGAGACUGAAGGAGAGCAAGGACAGGGAUGCUCAGCAGAGACAGGUGAAGGACAACAACUUCCACAGCUUGUAUGUGAAGAGGCACCGGAACGUCAGCAUCCUGUAUGCGGACAUCGUGGGAUUCACACGCCUGGCCAGCGACUGCUCUCCCAAGGAGCUGGUCAUCAUGCUGAACGAACUCUUCGGGAAGUUCGACCAGAUCGCAAAGGAAAAUGAAUGUAUGAGAAUAAAAAUCUUAGGAGACUGUUACUACUGUGUGUCGGGGUUGCCUGUAUCCCUACCGAACCAUGCAAAGAACUGUGUGAAGAUGGGACUGGAUAUGUGUGAGGCUAUCAAGCGGGUGAGAGAGGCCACCGGAGUGGAUAUCAGCAUGAGGGUCGGGGUUCACUCGGGGAACGUGCUCUGUGGGGUCAUCGGGCUGCGCAAGUGGCAGUACGACGUGUGGUCACAUGAUGUCACCUUGGCCAACCACAUGGAGGCCGGAGGCUUGCCUGGGCGAGUCCACAUCACCGACGCCACGCUGAAACACCUGAACAAAGCUUAUGAAGUAGAGGAAGGCAAUGGGCACCUGAGAGACACCUACCUGAAAGAGCAGAAUGUCAAGACAUACCUGGUCUUAGACCCCCGGUCGAAGGAGCAGCCCAUGAACAGAAGCCACCUUCCCAAGCCCCGGGUGAAUGACGGCCUGAAAAUGCGCGCGUCCGUGCGGAUGACCCGCUACCUGGAGUCCUGGGGGGCAGCCAAGCCCUUCGCUCACCUCCAGAACCGGGAGGCCCUGACCAGCGAAGACCUGGCCUGCAACGGCAAGCUCCACAAGGACAUACCCUUGCAUUCCAUAAACUGCCACAAGACACAGGACAGAAACAAGUCCCAGAAGAAGAAGUUUGACGAGGACCUGCACAAUAAAAUGAUGACGACGAUCGAUGGGCUUCAGUCUAACAGGCAGUGGAUGAAGAAUGAGGGAUUUUCCGAUUGUCUGUGUUUCACUGAAAAGGGAACAGAAAAGCAGUAUCGUGCCACAGAUCUUCCUAGCUUCAAAUACUAUAUCGCUUGUGCUUCGUUCAUCUUCCUAUGUAUCUUUGCGAUCCAGACGUUUGUUGCAUUCAUGACUCCUAAACUGGGCAUCUCUUUGGGAGUGUCUGCCUGCAUCCUGCUGCUCAUUCUGGCUGUGUGCUUCGCCCAAUACCUGGUGCACUUCUGUCCGAAGAGGUCCACGUCAUUUCGCUGGCUCUCCGUCCUCUCGAAAGCGGUGGGUAAGAAGCCCUACGUGCGGCUGCCACUGACCGUCAUUGCUAUCGGUAUUACUCUGGUCACAGCCGUGCUGAACUUGUGUUUCAUUAAAACGCCUGGUGACAAAACUGGUUUCAAUGCCACAAAUUGCAGUGACUCACUGGAAUGUUACGAAGAAAAUGACCUGUACUGCCUGCCGUACUUCACCUAUUGCUGCAUCCUGGGGCUCAUCACCUGCUGCGUGUUCCUGCGGGUCAGCUUCGAGCUCAAGUUCCUCCUCCUGGCGCUCGCCUUCUCUGCCUAUUAUACCAUCAUCCUGAACACACACUGGCAGCUGUUCCAGAGGUACAGCCAGCUGCUGUACACCAACAAAACUCUCCAUGUGUCCGGACUCAUGAAGGAUCCCGGAACGAUGCUGUUCCAGAGCUACAGCCAGCUGCCGUCCACCAACCAAACUCUCCAUGUGUCCGGACUCAUGAAGGAUCCCGCAAUGAUGAGCUGCAUUUACCUCAUGUUGUUUUUUUUAACGAUGCUGAUUCUGAUGCGACAGAACGAGUAUUACUGCCGUCAGGAUUUCCUCUGGAAGAACAAAAACCGUGAGAAGCAGGAGGAGAUCGAGACGAUGGAGAACUUGAACCGCCUCCUGCUGGAGAACGUGCUGCCGGCCCACGUGGCCAACCUCUUCAUCGGAGACAAUAAAAAGAAUGAGGUGGGAGCCCUCAAAAACAGUUUACUUACUGAAAAGUAUAAGGAUUUAUAUUACAAGUCCUACGACUGCGUGUGUGUUCUCUUCGCCUCCGUGCCAGAUUUUAAGGAGUUUUACACAGAGUGUGACAUCAACAAAGAAGGGCUGGAGUGUCUCAGGCUGCUGAAUGAAAUCAUCGCAGACUUUGACGAGCUUUUGUCUAAACCCAAGUUCAGUGGUGUUGAGAAAAUCAAAACGAUUGGCAGCACCUACAUGGCAGCGACAGGACUCACCGGGGCCCCCAGACACGAGAACAACCAGGAUCGCGAGAGGCAGCACGCACAGAUAGGGAACAUGGUGGAGUUUGCCAUCGCCUUGAUGGGGAAACUGGAUGGAAUAAACAGGCAUUCAUUCAACAGCUUCAGACUGCGUGUCGGAAUUAAUUAUGGUCCUGUUAUCGCUGGAGUCAUUGGAGCCCGCAAGCCUCAGUAUGAUAUUUGGGGGAACACAGUUAAUGUGUCCAGCAGGAUGGAGAGCACAGGACAGCUGGGCAAAAUCCAGGUCACAGAGGAAACGUCGAAUGUGUUACACAAACUUGGCUAUUCUUGUGAGUGCAGAGGACUGAUCAAGGUGAAAGGCAAAGGAGAGCUGAAGACUUACUUUGUGUGCACAGACAUGAGCAAGUCACAGGGGCUGCACUGAACCGUGAGAGCAAGAAAGACAAGCAACCCGCUACCGCUCCCAAAAAAAAAUUCUGCCACUUUUUUGUGGCAAAGGCUCUUUUUUUUGUAUAACAUAUGUUCUUAAUAAUAUUUAACAUUACCUUAUGCUAGUGUUAUGGUGCAAUUGGAGAAGUUAUUGGAAUUGUGUGAACCGGACUCAACAAGGCACGUUUUAGAGAAAGUCGUAAAAUCCAGGGGGUGUUAUAUUCUUGGCAAGAUGAUGUUGAAUGAGGUAACGAGGACCGUCUUGUUGGGUGAAGCAUUAAUGAAGUAUUACCUCAUAAUGAGGAAUUGACAGAUUUAGUCAGGUCAUGGUAAGUCUGGGGGUUCAUUACACACAUGGGUUUUAAAAGAAUGGCUGUCAUACUGCGUUUGACUACACUGGGAAUUCGUCUUGUCUAAAAGCUGGAGUCAACUCAACGACAGGGAGGGUUUACUAUGAUGCCAUAUUUGGGAAAUGGCAGCAUGCACAGAGACCAAAUUCAUUGCAUUGCCUGAAUGACAUUAAAUUGAGGCUUUAAGUUGGAGUUUAUAUUGCUUCAGUUUUAAAUGCUGAAAUAUUUUGUUAAUACCAUUGCUUGGAUAUUUCCAGUUGUUUUGCACUUACUUGAAGAACAAAAAUAAGUUAGCAGACUUUUAUUUAAGAUUAAAAAAGGUCAAUUUUUUUGUGUAAAAUAAAUGUAUAUUAAUGUU